AUGUUGAGUAAGCCUGAUGUAUUAAAUAUGUUAAUCACAAAUUAUAAUGAAACAAUUAAUUGUAAUGCUCUUGAUCUUGAUCUUAUGUACGAUUAUCGUCAUGGGUCACAAGCAAAACAACAUUCAAUUUUAAAAAAUAAACCUGAUUCGUUGUUGUUUCAAUUAUACAUUGAUGAAAUUGGAGUAACAAAUCCCAUACGUGCAAAAAAGGAUACUUAA